AUGGAUUUCUUAGCUCCAAUUGAUGAGAAUGACGAUGUGGAUUUGGACCUAACUAUUGAACAAGAUUGUGAGUCGGUGGAACCUAAUAGUAACGUGUUAGGGGAACCGAGUAAAAUGAAGAACACUAAGAGAAAGCCGAAAUCUCAGGUGUGGAAGUUUUUUACCAUGAUAGAAGGGUUGGAUAACGAGGGAAGGCAAAGAGCAAAAUGCAAUGCAUGUGGUACAUCAUAUGCAUGUGGAGGAAAACGAUAUGGGACAACUUCUCUAAAAUGUCAUCUUGAAGUUUGUAAGAAAGUAAAUUAUGGAGAUGUUGGUCAGAUGAUGUUAGACAUGCAAGGAAAGCUGAAAUCAUUAAAGGUUGAUAAUAUGGUAUCUCGUGAAAUAUGUGCUCGACUAAUUAUCAAGAGGGAUCUUCCUUUUAAAUUUGCCGAGUUUGAAGAGCUUACAGCUUGGCUUCAGUACUUGAAUCCUGAUUACAUUCCUAUCACUAGAAAUACCGCCAAAGCUGAUGUUGUGAAAAUAUACAAAAGGGAAAAGGAAAAGAUUAAGAUGGAAAUGGCCAACACUCCUUGUAGGAUUUCUCUAACUUCUGAUUUGUGGACAUCAGUUAAUAUUGAAGGCUAUAUUAAUUUAACUGCUCAUUAUGUUGAUAAAAAUUGGAAGUUAAAUAGUAAGAUCCUCAACUUUUGUCACAUGCCUCCUCCUCACACUGAGGGUCUUAAAGUAGCUUCUAGUGCUUUGCAAAAGAUUAGGGAAAACAUCAAACAUGUGAAGGGUUCAGAGAGUAGGAUGGUAAAAUUUAAGCAAUGCAUUGAUAUGGUUGGCAACAUUGAUGUAUCAAGUGGAUUGGUUACAGAUGUGCCUACAAGAUGGAAUUCAACAUAUUUGAUGCUUAAAAGUGCUCUUAAAUAUCAACGUGCAUUUGAGAACCUUCAUUGUUAUGAUGCAAAUUAUACAAGUAAUCCUUCAAAAGAAGAACGAGUGAGACUUGAAAAAAUGAGUAGGUUCUUGUUGCCAUUUUAUGAAAAUACCACUUUGAUGUCCGAAACAAGCUAUCCCACUUCCAAUUUGUACUUCUUGCAAAUUUGGAAAAUUCAACGUCUUUUGAUAGACAACCAAAAAGAUGUAGAUGAAGUUAUAAAAAAAAUGGCUGAAAGCAUGAUUGUGAAGUUUGAGAAGUAUUGGGAUGAAUAUAGUGUUGUUCUUGCAUUUGGUGCUGUCUUAGAUCCAAGAAUGAAGUUGGACUCAUUGGGAUAUUGUUAUAAAGUGAUUGAUCCACUAAAUUGUCAAUUGAAGUUGGAAAACAUAAAGCUUAAAUUGUACAAGUUAUUUGCAGAAUAUUCUUGA